UACGUACGCCUGCAUCUGCAGAUUCUGCAGACCUAUGGAUAAAGCAACUUGUCGUGUCCGCGAGCCGCUGUUUGCUGCAGCGCAUCGGGCCUGUGGCCUCACCAGCUGAAAAACUCGGAACAGAUUGGCAGGAGAAAUCCACAAUCCGGGUCGCGGGUAUAGCGAGGCUUCGACCUGAAUGGCCCCGAUGAGCUGCAGGAUUCAACUUGUCACUGCUUCAAGCGCACUACGAUCACACCACUUGAGAUUGCGACCGUCAGUACACGGACUCAAGCAACAUGAAGCUUGAAACGAUGCCUACUGCACUACCAAUAUAUUCUCAACCACCGCACGAAACGGAGCCACUCAUCGAGAUACAUUCGAGUCCCAUCCGUGUGCUAUCCGAACGGGUCGUGCGAUGUUGGAAACAAUGGCCUCGCGCCCUACUCGUAGUAGCUGCGUUCGUGUACGUAUCGGCGCUAAUUGUUUGGGCAUCCAACAACUCGGACAAGCACAUGGAUAAUCAACAAACUUCUGCUCAAGAUGCAACUCCAGUUAAGCCCUUUCCAACAGGGGAAGUGGUGUCACGACGUCUUCAGUGCGUCGCGUGGCGAGCGACAGGCAAAUGCCGACCGAACGGACCUCGUGAAUCCCAGAACGACAAGAAGUGCUCGGACGUCAUCGGUGCUGAUGUGUCAGGAUUCUGUGAAGUUGAAGACAUCGAUACAGGGGAUCGAUUCCAAGUAAUGCGUCGGCACUGCAACAGCUUGAAGGGCAACAUCAAGUUCCGUUGCUCUGACGCUCUAGCUUUUGUCAACUAUCGCGUCGAAGGACAUGCUGCCGUUGCUAAGGCUCUUGUUCCUAAUUUCUCGCUGCCGCAUGUGCCUGAAAACAGUGGGGCACCUCGCGACGGUAUUGUGAUGGUAGUUUACCCAAAGUUGCUCGCCAGCGCCUACGCGACGGUGCGUGUUCUUCGUGAAGUUUUGAUGUGUCGCUUGCCUAUCGAGAUCUGGUUUCACGUCGAUGAAAUCGGAGACGACUAUGCGCUAUUGGCACCAUUGCAGCAACUCGCCAUCUUCGUCGGUGACGUCUCCUUCCACCCAAUGUACAACCCGCGUGCUAAGGGCUUUCUAUCUAAGGUAUUCGCUAUCUACAACAGCUACUUCGACCGUGUACUCUUCCUGGAUGCAGAUAAUGUGCCUGUGCGUGAUCCGGUCUUCCUCUUCGAUACACCCGAAUUCCGAGCGAGUGGUGCUGUGUUCUGGCCUGAUUUUUGGCAUCCGCAUCACACGCUCUUCAACUUGCACGCUCGAUCAAUGCUGUGGGAGCUAUUGGACACACCGUUUAUCGACAUGUUUGAACAGGAGAGCGGUCAGUUGCUGGUGGAUCGCACUCGACACGCUGCGCCGUUAGAACUCGUGUACUUUUACGCUUUCCACGAGCCUAAUUUCUUCAACAAACUGGAAGUUGUGUACGGCGAUAAAGAUCUGUUUCGGCUUGCGUGGAUGAAGCUCAAGACUCCAUUUCACAUGAUUGAGACUCUUCCAGCAAUGGCAGGCAGGGCUAUCAACGGUUCUUUCUGCGGUAUGACGAUGGUACAGCACGAUGCUGAUGGCGAAGUGCUGUUCCUACACCGUAACCAACACAAACUGACUGGCGAACGCGAUGAACGGAUGGAGAAGGCAGCUUUAGAGAACACGGUGGUUCCCCCAGAGGAAGCACUGGGUGCUCCACACCCAGACGGAUACCCGGACCCAGUGAUCUGGACGCACUUGCUGUCCUUCCGCAAAGAUGGCAACCGUAAACUCUACUCAAUCGACGCGUACCGAGCUGCACCUCAAUUUCCGCAGUGGCAACCAUGCUACGGUCGGCGAUACGUGGAGAAGCAGAAAAUGUUUGAACUGCGCGAGUUCGCAAACUUCAGCUUUGCUGGAAUCGAGACGGACAUACGUCACUUUGCCUUGGAUGCAGCAAGACUCCGGCACGCUCAGAACGUGGCGUGGAUAGGAGCACGUCCAAAUAACUCUACUACCGGCCAAAGCGUAGUGGCAUAGGUACUUAUCUCUAUCGGAUACGA